UCAGUACUACCUCGUACGCGGUUGUGCCAUCGUCUGAUGUGUUUACCGCGCGUAACAUCCUCAUGUGAUAACGUGUGUGUGAGUGAACGUGAUGGAUCAAAAAACCUCUAAUUAUCAAAAAAAUUUCAAUCGGUAGUUGUUAAUCAUCUGGCACUGACAUGCAGAUGUGCUUAAAUAGGUGGAUGUCAGUGGGGUGUAUCGUCCAGUAGCUGCUGUCUCCUCAGGUUGUCGACCAAAUUGAACCAAGUAAAGCCGGAAGUUGAGCUCAACCCACCGAUAUUUCAGUCCAAAAAUACGAUUAAAAUUGGUGAAGUAGGAUGGAUGUGAUUGAAUGGGGGAGGUGAUGAUCAUCUGGAGAUAUCGGUGAACUUGAUGAUAAGUGACAAUGGGGGAAUACUACACCAAUUGUACACCGGGCCUCGUGGUGCCUAUCUGGGGUUCACAAGAGAAUAUCAAUCUGUCUGAUAUUAUUCUACGUGGUACAACGUAUUUCUUUCUUCUCCUGUAUCUGUUUAUUGGUGUAUCGAUAAUAAGUGAUCGUUUCAUGGCUGCUAUUGAGGUGAUUACAUCCAAGGAAAAGGAGCUUGUUGUUCAUCGACCAGGACGUGAGCCACAAAUUAUAAUUGUUCGUGUUUGGAAUGAGACUGUUGCUAAUUUAACACUUAUGGCACUUGGUAGCAGUGCACCUGAGAUACUUCUGUCGAUUAUUGAAAUAUGGGCAAAGGAUUUUCAAGCUGGUGAUUUGGGACCUGGUACAAUUGUUGGUUCAGCGGCCUAUAAUCUUUUCGUUAUCAUAGCCCUCUGUGUUUUUGUCAUACCAAAUGGUGAGACUAGGAAGAUAAAACACUUGAGGGUAUUCUUUGUAACAGCUGCGUGGAGUAUCUUUGCUUAUGUGUGGCUGUACAUAAUACUAUCGGUAUCGACACCUGGUGUACUUGAGGUGUGGGAGGGAAUACUUACAUUUGCCUUCUUUCCAGCUACAGUAUUAACAGCAUGGGUAGCUGACAGAAGAUUGUUAAUCUACAAAUAUCUUCAUAAGGGAUAUAGAAUGAAUAAACGAGGUGUCAUUGUCCAAGCGGAGGCUGGUGAUUCUGAUGGUGGUGUUGAGUUGGAGAUCAAGGAGCACGAUGGACCCCAUUUAUUCGUUGAUAGGAUUGAUGAUGAGGGACCCGAGGCCAGGGAAUUUGAACAGACAAGACGUGAUUACAUCAAGACACUCAGAGAACUCAGGAAGAAACAUCCAACACUUCCUCUUGAGCAACUGGAGGUGAUGGCUCAUGAAGAGGUACUUGGCAAGGGACCCAAGAGCAGGGCCUUCUAUCGUGUACUCGCUACCAGGAAAAUGGUUGGAGCUGGUAAUCUCAGUAGAAAAAUCAGCGAACGUGCUCAAAGUGAUCUCAGCGAGGUCAAGGCUGAACUACAAAGAGCUGAGGCUGAAGUCGUUGACAUUGAGCACAUCAAUGCAACAAGAGUAUUCUUUGAUCCUGGUCAUUACACCGUUAUGGAGAAUGUUGGUACUUUUGAAGUUGGAGUUACCAGGGUUGGUGGAGAUCUCAGUAAACCAUGCACUGUUGAUUACUGUACGGAGGAUGGAUCCGCUGAGGCCGGAUCGGAUUAUGUCAGUGCCAAGGGUACACUUGUCUUCGAACCUGGUGAGACUAGGAAGACUAUUCAGCUGUCCGUUAUUGAUGAUGAACUAUUUGAGGAGGAUGAGCAUUUCUACGUGAGAUUGAGCAACGUAUCUCAGUCAGCAAUGCUGGUAUCCCCGAGCCUCGCCACCGUAAUGAUCCUGGAUGACGACCACAGUGGAAUUUUCGGCUUCCCUGAGCGUGACGUCGAGCUGGUGGAGAGUGUUGGCCAGUAUCCCCUGAGGGUAUUACGGUACAGUGGUGCAAGAGGACGUGUCGCUUUGCCCUAUCGAACUGUCGAGGGUACAGCCAAGCCGAAUAAACAGUAUAUGCCGAGUGAGGGCUCACUUACCUUCGAGGACAAUCAGACCGAAAAGACGAUAAUGCUCACAAUCAUCGAAGAGGACUCCUACGAGAAGGAUGCUCUCUUCUACGUGGAGUUAGGAGAGCCCCAGCUGCAAGGAGCCGAGGCAGGACUAGCUGCAUCAGCAGAACUGAAGGCCCCGGAGGACCGUACGGACGAGGAAAAAAUGGCGCUGUUGGGUAGGCCAAGAUUGGGUGACGUAUCAACUGCUCAAAUCAGGAUCAAAGAAUCAAAGGAGUUCAAGAACACUGUCGACAAGCUCGUACAGCGCGCCAACGCUUCGAUUCUCCUCGGUACGAGUUCCUGGAAAGAACAAUUUACGGAGGCUGUGACGGUCAGUGGUGGUGACGAUGGUGAGGAGGAUGAGUCGGGUGAGGCUAGAGUUUCAUCUCCAUCAUUCGCUGAUUACCUCAUGCACUCACUCACCAUAUUCUGGAAGGUUCUGUUCGCUUUUGUUCCACCGACAGAUAUCGCUGGUGGAUAUCUUUGCUUCGUCGUCAGCAUACUGGGAAUUGGAGUUGUGACUGCUGUUAUUGGUGAUGUUGCCUCGUAUUUUGGAUGCACACUGGGUAUCAAGGAUUCGGUUACUGCUGUUGUAUUUGUGGCAUUGGGUACUAGUAUUCCCGACACGUUUGCUAGCAAAGUGGCGGCAUGCCAGGACAAGUACGCGGACGCUAGUGUUGGAAACGUGACUGGUAGCAACGCGGUAAACGUCUUCCUCGGAAUUGGUAUAGCAUGGAGUAUUGCAGCAAUGUAUCACAGCUAUCAUGGACGAGCCUUCCUGGUGGAUCCUGGCAGCUUGGCCUUCUCAGUGACCCUCUUCUGCACAGAGGCCUGCGCAGUUAUCACAGUACUAAUGUUGAGGCGCUCCAAGAGCAUUGGUGGUGAGCUUGGAGGACCAUUUGCACCAAAACUCGUCACAUCGAUAUUUCUCUUUUCAUUGUGGGUCUUCUACCUCGUAAUGUCGACACUCGAGGCCUACGAUGUAAUUAAAGGCUUCUAAGAUGAUGGUUCAUUAUCUAUGCAGAAGAAAUAAUGGCCUAUGUCGAAGAUGAGAGGAGACAUCUAUUUUUUUUUUCAAUCAGAACGUUGAUGAGGACACGAUUCCCUAGUUCCAUGAUUAAAUAAGAUGAUCUCACGUCAGGAUUCAUUUUGUAUAAAUAUUCUUUUAAUGGAACGAUAUACGACCUUUUUUAUGAGAACCUUUUUUAUGCAUCAGAAGAAGAGCUAUAAAAAGUGUUCAGAUGAAAAUUGGUCUAUCUCCUUUAAUUAAAAAGAUAUCCAGCAAAAAUGGAAUCGAAACUGAUUGGAUUCGGUUUUUUUUUUCGCAAUUGCCCUGAUAAAUUCAUCUUCCUCAUUCAAUUCUCAGCCAUUCUGUUGUCCUGAGUCAUUCGAGAAAGGAAAAAUAACUAUUGCGGACGAUCUUACACUCUCUUCCACUAGGUUAAUUGCCCUCAUUCGUUAAUUGAACUAUAUUCAGUCUUGUUCAACGGGGAAAAAUGAUUCGAAUGAGAUUACUCGACGAAAUCAUUUAUUAUCUCGUUGCUUUUAGUUCUAUUCAACCCGAGAAUAAUUUUCAGUCGACACAAAUGAGGAGAUAAACCACGUGGAGGUGAGCAAGGAGAUUUGCCUUAAUCCAGAGCCAAAAAUGAUGAGUUAUGAAGGAUAAAAUAAAUUCAAACCAAAGAUAAAAAAUCAUCUAGUCAUGAGCUAUUGCUCCCCAAGCAAUUGCUGACAAAAAUUGAGAUUAAUCGAGAGAUUGCGUUAUACAUCAUAUAUAUACUAUAUAUAGUGUAUUUAUUUAAUUUAAGAUAGCGUUUAUAUGAUAUUCAAGUGUAGAUUAUAAAAUUAAAAAUGACAUUGAUUUUUGGUUAAGAAACUCUAGUCUUCGAAAUUGAAAGAACAAUUUGAUCAAUUUAAAUUGAUCCCAGACAAUUCAAUUAUUGGAAUUGACGAAAAUAUAUGAGUGCAUUCGAUAUUGAGAGCUCAUCUCAAACAUACGAGAGUGUGCAAAAUUUAUUUGCAGACAUUUUUUUAGCUAUGAAAAAUUUUUUUAUGAAAGGGAUGCCGCGGCCUUCGUUCGAAAGUAUAAGCUUUCGUUGUUCUUCACUGCCUUUGAUCGAGGGUCGCACGCAUGACUGAACAUAUUGAAGGAGUUAUCAUUCUGUUGAUGAAUAUUUAAUAAUAAGUGGAUAAUCGAUUGCGAUGUUAAGUGCGUGAUGAGGUAGAAUUAUCUGUUAUAAAUAAUGUAAGUAAGUAGAUGAUGUGUGAGAGUCUAGAUUUAUUAAUCAAUUGAUUAACUAACUGAUUGCGAGUGAGAGUGAAGACGCGGAAAAUUUUUUAUUGAAAAAUCUGACGAUGGGGAUGAAAAGUCUAUUGAAUUACCGAUAAAUUUUGGGGGUAAAUACUGCAACUUGCAGUUUAAAAAAAAAUCUAAACAAAAAUUCAAACCGAUGGACUUUUAUUUAAAUAAUUUUCCCUGAAGAAAUUUCACCAGAAUUUUCAUCCAAAAUCGUCGGACAUUUCCACAGAAUUUUUUCCAACAAAUUUUCCCUUAAUCUGUCUCUCGUACCAGAUAUUUUCCUAGUGAAAUAUCUAUUACCGAGCCAUUAAGGUCUCGAUUCUCCACAAAUUCUAGAAAAUCGAUCGAAUGAACUAAGAAAAAUUGUACCAAGAAAAAUUCAUUUUCUAUUCAAUCUACUACCGUGAAAAAAAAAAAUAAUCCUAGAACUAGCUUCUCUUCCUGAUGAACGAAAAUUCAUUAUUUUAGUAUCAGUUGUAUUAAAUGAGACUCAACUAGCAAAGCGUCAAAGUGAUACUCUAAAAUCAUAAGCGUGCUGCAACAGAUAACCGCAGUGAUUUCCGUUUCGCUCGACGGUUACUGUUAUCAUCUUCAACAAUAAAUAACAAAUAACGUAGACGUUGAGGAAUGAAACAUAGAGGACAAGUAGAAAUACCAAUAUCUCACUUGUAGCGAAAUUUUAUGGAUAAGGUGGGGGGAUUUUCACCGUAUGUCGGCUGUUGUCGAGACGGAAAUUUACGGGUAAAGCACGAUUCUACUCUUAAAUCCUCGUGCAUUUGUCGUACAUUCUAUUUCCAAUGGAGUCUUGUAUCUCAAUUUCCUCUACGACCCGUUUAUUACCUCUUGAUGGCACUGCACAGAGAUAAUUUUUGCCAAAAAUUUCGGAAAAUAUUACGUCAAAGUUUCUCACAUUAUUCGAUGAUGAGCCCAAUAAUUUACUAGAAAUUUUACAAUUUUUUUCCUUUACAUUAUCCAUAACACUCCCAAAAAACAAUUUCCUAUUGUGAAUUACGUGAAUAGUUCCGUAAUUUUUAAUAAAUAUUUAUCUCCGCGCAAAAAUAUCGAGAGCAAAAAUAAAUCAACAAUUUUCACAACUGGUAGACUCUUUUUCCAGCACUCGUACUAGAAUUCGUAUUAAAAAAAUUUUCUCUGUGUGAAGGAGAAUAAAAUGAAAAUAUAGAACUGAAAAUACUGUGGGAGCGGUGAAUUUUUGUUUUCUGACACGAGUGGUAUUAAUAAAAUAAUCGAUCAAAGUAUUAUAUUCUAACAAUAGUCUAAAUCGUAGAAAAAAAAAAUGUGAGGACUGCAGUGCUUUUAGCAAAGCAAGCAACCGAUCGUUUUUAGAAAGUGGAUUAAACUUAUGGGAAAUGGUGGACUAGAAGUUGUAGGUGCCCGAUGAAGACCUGCCUGUAACUUAAUACAUAUGUAAUUCAAUUCACAUUCACACGGGCCAUAGAAUAACUCAACUGUAGUGUCAUCGUCAUCAAGUGAACAGUCAUAAGUUCGCGUAUGAAAAAAUUCAAUAGAAAAAAAAAAACAAUCGUGUUAGUGAUAUAUUUUUUAUUUUCUAAUUCUUCUGAUAAUUGUGCAAGUUGAUUGGGGCAAUGAAAAAAAAAAUUACUAGAAUUUUUCGAAUAGAUAGAAUUUUCCUAAUCGAUCGAAAUUUUUUGCUAUUUAACUUUUGAUUCAAAAAUUUCUAAAAUUUCUCAUUUUUCCAUUGAAUUUUUUCAUGUGUUUCAUUGAAAACCAUUCAUCGAUCAAUUCGAAGACAAUUCCCACGAUCUUUUGACUAAUUCUCCAGUCUGCUACGUUAAAACAUUAAUUUUUCGAUUUUCAUGAUAGGCCAGCCCCACAUCAGCUAUCAAUCAACGAAUAAAAAUCUCCGAAAAAUCGAAAAAAUCAUCAGCAAACACUAUGGUAUGCCCUCAUCAACAAAUUUUCACAAUCAAUUUCAUAAAAACUCAUCAGAAUCGUCGGUAAACUCUCUCGUGCACCUAUUGGCACGUUCUUAUACUCUAAAAUAACCUAAAUCAUUAACACAAAAUAAUCAAGGACCAAGAAAACACGAAAGACGUUCAAUUCCACUUGACUGGCCUCGAAACAUAUUUGAAAAUUAAAUCCAAGCUGAUGUGCAUUAUUUUCAAAGUGUAUUACUACAACCGGAGGAACGACAACCUCUAAUUACAAGCCAAAUAAAUAAUUCUUAAUUAAUAAAAUCAACUGAUUUUUCCUUUACAUUUUUAUUUACCUCAAACAGGUGAUUUUUUUCUGAUAAAAAUAAUUCCUCAACCAACAUGAUGACUCCAGUUGGAAUAAAUAAAUUAUUAUCAAUAAAAAGAGGCAUCAUUAAUCGUUAAAGAAGGUUAAAAUAAUUUUUCUCAAUUAUGUAGAAUGGAAAUGAAUAAAAUAUUCUUUUCAAAUGCAUAACUUCUCCGGUUGUCAAAUUUCCGAUAAAUAAAAAUUAACGCGACUGAAUGAUCAAGGACUCAAUUAGUUGAAAACCAAAAAAAAUCAACCAUGAAACCGACCAAUUAUAGAAGAUUUGGAUUUGGACCAAUUAAACCUAUUAGUUCCUAGUAUUUGAUUAACUCAAAUGUGCGUGAAUCAAAGACAUUCACCAUUUACUUUACCAUAAUUUGUCACUGAUAAUCCAAUCCAAUCAAUUUUCUGAUGCUUCACGCACAAAACCGAAGCCCUUUGGCUUCCCACCAACUAAAUAUGAAAAUAUAUUCACCACAAAAUGGAGGAAAAAUCAGUAGCGAACUGGUGAACCGAGAUGACUUCACCCAUCUCUCAUAACUCGAAUUUUUCUACCAAUAUCUCCGAAUCUAAAAGAGAUAGAAAAAUUCUUGUGAUGACAUUUGUCGUAGACCUCAAUUAAUGAUAGAACAAAAGACUCUACUCCAAGAAGUUAAAAGACUUAUCUCAGUUUACAAUUUCGCUCCUGAAAUCACAAGGGGCUGGCCACAACUCUCCUUUUCUUUGUACAUAAUAGUAUUUAAAAAAAAAAAAAAACAUCAACAAAAUAAAACUCUGACAUUUCUAUUUGCUAACGGAGUCUAGAUAAAAAAUCAAUGCUAUACACAACUACUUCUAAUAUAACUUACUAUACAAUCAAUAAUGAAAAUAUAACUUUAAUCUAUCCUCUUUACUGUCUUUACAUCGUAGAAAAAUUAUUCUUAGAUGAUUUACCUAGAAAAUCUAUUAAGUAAAUAUCUCUGAACGCGGGACAUGGCGAGUCUGUUGGAUUCACUAAACAAUUGUUGACAUUUAGGGAGAUCUAAUCGAAUCUGAGAUAACAAAAAUUUCGAUAAUUUUCACUUAGAAAAAAUGAUAGAAUAAAAAUUCUAAUGAGCAUUUUUGGGUUAAUGUUUUUUUAGGCAAAAAUUAUUGUAACGGACUCUUCAUGUUUUGCUGAGUUGCGAAAUUUGGAUUUUACUCGUCCAAAAAAGUAGUGAGUUCGUUCCUUAGAAACAUUUCAAACUAAACUGUUACAUGUAUAACUAAAUUAAAUUGAAUGUAAGAUAAAAUAACGUCUCAAUAUGGUAAUUAACGACAGACAGAAGUCGAUUGUGAGUGGAUUAAGCGAAAAUGAUCAAUCAAAAAUUGAGAUGGGGUGAAAAAAAAAAAAUUAAAUAUGAUGUGUUAAUUUGCGGUUUUAAUCGGAAAAAAUUUUAUACCGCGUGGAGACGCAUAAAAUGUUUGCCAUUAGACAUAUGUGUAUAUACAUUGUUGUGUUAUUGCAUAGUAUAUACGUACGCAAAUGAGAAACAUAAGCAAAAGUAAUGAAAAUAAUUAAUUGUAACAUGAGAAUCAUGAUGUUCCUUCUUCCUUUACCAUUAAAAUUUCCCGUAUAUUAAUGAACCUCGAUGUUCAUAAUUGUUGCUGUGUAUAUUAUAUAUUUCUCGAUUGUAAAUAAUGCAAUUAACGAGGGAAAAACCCACACUGGGUUUUUGGUUUUGCGUGAAAUAACAAUCGACGCAUUUAUUCACAUUAUUUAUUCAGUUAAUUUUUCGUUAUCAUUUUGUCUAAGUGAGCUUUCAUUUUAAUUCGUUAUUUUCACUGCGCAAGCAUUUCUGUAGAGCGGCUAUUCCAUUCAUAUCUGAUUUUAUAUGCAAAGAUAAAUAAAUCCCUCAUGUCUAUGAAAAAAAAAAUCAUACAACGAACUCAAAAAUUCAGGAGUGAAGCAGUAAACCAGAGAAGAUCAAUCGUUUCCCCCAAAUAUCUCGAAAUCUGCAAGAGAUAGAAACAUUUUCAUUAAACCAUUUUUCAAGGGAAUUUAAUUACCCAGAAAAAAUAUUCUAUGAAAAUUUUCACCAUCUCCAUUGGAUUCCGAGAUAUUUUCCAAAAUCCAACGAAAAAAAUUUCUGAUUCACCGCUUCACAACUGAAAUCAUUAAUUUGUUAGUAAUUCUUUUGUAAAUGCGUCUCAAAUGAAUGAAAAAUAUAAUAAGUAGAGGAAAAUCACUUCGGAGAUAGAUAAAAAUGUGAAUGAACAGUACUAUCACUGAUAGAGUGUCCCAAAUAAAUAAAUGAUGAGAAAAAAAAAAACAAAAAUUAUCAUCGGUUAACGAAAAAUGGUUGAAUUUUUUUGUGCCUGUAUUUAAUAUUAUUGGGAAUCCCUGUACUGCUCGCUAAUUGCACGUUCAACGGAAUCAUAUUGAACAUAAAUAAUUGUGUAACGCCAGUGUUCAACAAAAAAAAAAUGAGAGUAAGGGAAUUAUAGCAAAAUUAAAAAUGGUGUUCAUUGUUGAUGUGAAUUUUAAAAAAAUCGCUCGGUAACUGGCUGAUGGAAAUCAAAUCUAAAUCCAGCAUUGACCCCCCCGAAUCUUGGAAGUUUACUCGCUUCAUUGGCACUUGGACACUCGGCCUGAUUGCAUUUUCAAUGUUAUUGGGGGUAGAAAGGGAGUGGGGGGGGGGGGGUACGGUCAAGCUAAAAUGCAAAUACAUGACUCAAUUUAAUUAAAACUUUGGACGAGUGAGGAAAAUAAAUUGAUGAUUCGUGAAAUUAAAUUAUCACUGAGAUACUGUGACCGCUGUGGGUCGGAAUAUUCGGGGGGGAGGGCGGGAUGUAGGGGGGGCUAUAUGGAGUAAGAAUCAAUUUAUUGUAAUUGAAUCGAAAGUGCAAAAGAAACUGAGGAAAUACAUGAACUAAAUGUUGUUUA